AUGGUAUUACAGGCAUCCCAUCAACAACCAUCAAAUCGCCGAGAUCGAUUGCGCGGACUGCGCAAGCAGAUGAAAGAAGAGCUUGGCCAUCGAGGAAGGAGGAAAGCACGUCAGCUCAAAACGCGCGCCGCCCGCCGAUCGCUCUUCACCUUCAUUAGCAUGCCGGGCUUCAGCAUUUUGGGAAGCCGCAACCGGCUUUCUGAAGACUGUGAUGCCGAAGAUACGGGAGAUGAAAGCGAGGAACAGGGGGAUCCAUCGCAAACGGAUGGUCAUUCGACCGAAAACUCGAAAAAGGGACCCUUUACGACUUUGAACACGCCUUCCGUCGUCCAGGAAAUCAAGGCCGAACACACUGGUGCCGUUUGGGUUGUACGAUUUUCUGUUUGUGGCAGACUGAUGGCAACGGCUGGCCAGGAUACGAUCAUCCGGAUCUGGGUGGCAAAAGCCCAUGUCCGUCAUUUUGAGGCGCUGAGAGAUCGCUAUAUGAAACGAGCUGAUUGCCCACCGGAAGACAUGUUCGAACGUGCUAUGUCGGAUUCUGAAGUCUUCCGCGCGCCGUCUUCCGUUGACGCAGAGAGUGACCACAAUUACCUCCAACCCAUCAGGUUGAAGAUAGGUGAAAAGGACCAAUCGUGUUUACUGUUUUUUCCAUUCGUCGUCCUAAAGAGUCACACUGCCGAUACUCUGGACUUGUUC